UACGUCACACACACACCCACUAUAUAUAUCUCAGAGUCUGCCGUUGCAAAUCACAUCAGUUUGCAACACAGCAAGAUAUAGUUCAGCGAAUUUCAAGGUGACUCUUCUUACAGCUAUCAAUCUGAAGCUUUGAGCCUGACCACAAGUCUUACGCUCUCUUUUAGAACUUGCUAUCACUUACGCUCUUUUGGGAGCUUCCUACCAAACUCAAGCUCUUUCAGAGCUUGCUAUUAGUCCCACGGUAUAUGAAUAGCACUUGUACUCCGUCUCUACCAGUACAUCACUGUUUUUUUUAAGCAUUGAACCCAAGUGUUCACAGGAAGAUGAUUAGAGUGGUGAGAGAGAACACUUACAAGACACAUAUGCCUCGUCUAAGCUCAGAAUUCUACGACUAUGAGGCUAUAGAGGAUGAAGCAGCAGCAGCGUUACUAGCUAGACACAUCAUGGGUCUGGUGCAUCGUGCACGCAAAAACAAGCUACUUAACCUCACCCAUGUCCACCAGAAGCCUAUACCUACACAUAACACCCAGGUUGGGUCUGGAUCACAAUGGAUAAGCAAGAUGUUGCAAACAGCCAAGACCAGAGUUCCAGUGUUCCUACCACAAGAUUUCCUACCUCGUAUGGUCAGAGACAUAGUCAGGAUGGUCGAGGGGGAACGUAAUGGAAUCAGGGGUUGUUCCUUAUGUGUGGAGGUGUGGGAUGGUGGAAGAAGAGUUGUGAUAGGAAAAAUAGUGUGUGACCCUAAGGUAACCUCUACCUAUACACUGUAUGUGAGGCUAGUUCGGGCACCACCACCACAACCCCAGCAAUCACUCUCAGGUAAGUUCUUGAGUAGCAACAAUAAUGAAGCAAUCUACAUCAGUCCAGGCUACCAACUAGAGAAAAGACGCCAUAAGAUAUAAUACAUGAUGACCAUCAGUUUGAUUCACUGUACCUGCCAUCAACACAUUGACAAUCAUAUACGUAUACGUGUACUAUUACAUUUUUAAAAUAUUCCAUUCUCACGACUGUGACUAACUGAAGGUACUCUAGUUGCACUGAUUAAACUGAACAACUGUUCAAUCUUUGUGCAGUGUAAUUCAAGAAAUUUUCAACUUUGAAGACAUCUUUAAGGCCCUAGUUAACCUCAGGGGAUUAAUAAUCCAAGAAAAUUCAAUAUUAGUACAGAUUAGUGCUGCUACUUCACACUAUUAGACUGGACAGUGUACCUGUUUACUUACCAGUGUUGGUUGUUCCUAAUACCUCUGAAGUGUAAAUUUUAUUAUUUAUGUGGUGUCUAACUGUUAUCACAUUCAUCUUCCUUGUUAGUUUAAUACAUGUAUAUUUAUUUAUUAUGCACCUCACACCCACCCUGUUGGUGGUAGUCAGUCAAAAGAUUACAGGGGUAAGUAAUGGGUCCAAGGAUUGGGCCACAAAGUUUUGAUAACUGAACAAGUUACAGUGGUAAUGAACUAUUUACUUGCAUAUUCAUAAAUCAU